CAUGGUUCUUUUUAUUUGACUUUCCGUUGUGGGCGGGGUCUGUGCGGUCCUGUGCGGACGUCUCCACGGUAACGGGUUUGUGUUCUCCUACUUUUAUAUCCACAUAUGUUUGUUAACGUUUGAAUCGUUGGCUCCUGCUCGUUGGUUCUGAGAGUUGUCUUGUGUUCAGAGGCUUGGGUUUCAACAUUAAUCACAAUAUCUGUUUGAUCUUCAACCAAUUAAGGAUCAUCUGACUUGCCAAUAUAUAUAUAUAUCUCUAAAUAUAUAAAGAGGAUCCAGUCUGUAAUGAAACACUAAGUUUCCCUCCUUUAAAGUCGUGGUCCUGUGGCCACCUGGAGCACCAGACCUGUACUGGGUUUUAUCAGUGUGUCUCUGUCUCCAGGUUGCUCUCUGGGGAACUCUUCUGUUUGCUCACCCUUUCAGUGCCCAAGUUCUUCUCUCAGUCUGAUUUUUAAAGUCAUGAAAAAUGUUUUAUUAGGCGCUGCAUGUGUUUUCAGUCUUUUUGAAAACUCUUUACAUGAAAUAAUAAACCUGGUUCAUCGCCCACAUAGCGUUCCUGUCCUUUCUAAACGUGUAAAUGAUUCUUUAUAAAAGUUGUAUCCCAAAUGCAAGUCAUCAUUAUUUUUAGUUAGACAUCCUUAUUCAACACUAAACGGUUUAUGGGAGGGGCCCCGGGCUCCUUCCCCCCCCCUACCCCUCUGGUCCCUGCGGUGACCUUUGACCGCCUUCCCGGGUCAGAUGCAUGACUUGGCGGCGAGUAGGUCAAACUUUUACUUUGAAGGUACGAAGCGGACCCCAGAGGAAAGGAAAACAACAGAGACGACAGGAUGACCCAGGGAGAAGCUGUAUCAGGAUCCAGAGUCACAUCUACCUCAUACUGCUGGACCCUCUUCAGUUCAUCAUCAGGCAACUUCUUCAUCUCCAUGUUCAGCGUCUCCUCCAGCUGAUCCAGGGAUCUCCUCAAGGUCCCUGCGUAUGACGGAGGACGGACCUCCACCGUGGUCCAGUCCCUGGGGGGUGGAGGAUCCUUCAGGGAUCUGAAGGCCCGGAGGAAGUGGAGCUGUGACCAACAUGUCCGCCGGGUCGAUGCGUCUGAACCACAGCACGAGUGCAGCCUGGCUGAGGUUCCUCCUCCGGGGUCAGCCCACCUGUAGACCCGCCCUGCAGGUCAGAGGGGUCAGCGCCGUCCAGCCAGGGACCUCUGCCCCCGACGAGGCCGCCGCCCGGGACCCCCACGCCCCCCAGCUGUUCUCCAGGUCCAGGACCGGUCUGUUCUUCCAGGACCAACAACAGCUGAAGAACCCCUUUCUAGAAGACCCUCUGUUAGGGAGGUAUCUCAGGAGACACCUGCCCCCCCAGCAGGCCGUGUUCUCAGACCUGCAGGCGUUUGGGGAGAGGAUCUCAGGUGAGGUGGACGCCUGGGGGCGAGAGUGUGAGGUCAACCCCCCCAGGCUCGUCCCCUUUGACCCUUGGGGUAGAAGGGUGGACCACAUCGUGACCUCGCCCGCCUGGCAGCGCAUGAAAGAGCUGUCUGCCAGGGAGGGGCUGGUCGCCAUCGGCUACGAGAGGUCGUGUGGUGAAUGGAGUCGCGUCCACCAGGUGAGUAAGCUGUUCCUCUACUCCCCGUCGUCCGGUCUGUUCACCUGUCCUCUGGCCAUGACCGACGGAGCGGCCAAGGUCAUCCAGUCUCUCGGGGUGCCGCCGGCCGUUGACUCCGCCUACAGGAGGUUGACCUCUCGUGACCCCGAGCGGUUAAGUGACGUCUGGCCAGUGGAUGACCGAGCGGAGGGGCGGAUCGGACGUGGGUCAGUAGUCGGAGCUCCACUCGUCAUCCUGCCUCGUAAACGCCUACAGAGACGAGAAUGAUAUCUAGUGACAAAGUUGUCUUAUAUUACUUUAUCUGUAUUAUAUUACUUUAUCCGGACGAUUUGAGUCCAAUCUUAAGGAGCCUUACAAUAGUUCAUUAAAGUAAUUUGUAUGUAUUAUUUUUUAUCGUAGUACAUUUUAUUUUGCUUUUCACGUUGUCCUUCUCCGUUGCAGUGAUGUUUAUUAAUACGGCUUCCUGGCUGGUUGAGAUGGCCAAAAAAUAAGUGUAAUUGAUACGUUAUGAUUUCUUCUCCCCCCAAUCUUGAAUACCGUUUCUCCCCCUGUCGCUGCGGUCGAUAUGCUGGUCGGUACCGUGCGCCGCGGUCGGUACCGUGCGCCGCGGUCGGUACCGUACAAUGAGGUCGGUACCGUACGCCGCGGUCAGUACCGUGCGCCGCGGUUGUUAACAGACGGCUUGUAACAGUAAAUCCCCCCACACCUGGUGGCCGGUCAUGUGACCUCUUUAACGGGACUUCAGAGAUGUUCUGCAGUCUAGCUUUGUUUGUUUUGCCGGUUGAAAUAGUCCCGUUAUUUUGGCAGAUUACUUUACAGAAUCCUUCAGUUUAGUCCGAUGGUCGAAGCAUUUAAGCAAACUGAAAUGUUGCAGCCAUUGGAAAAGAGAAGGGAUUGAUUCAUGGUCAAUAUUUAGAUUAGAUUAGAUUAGUUAAAUAACUAACUAAAUAAAAGUUAGAUUCACUAUUCAUUCAACUUUGUAAUUGUUGGUGUAGAUACCAUCACACGGCGAAGUCGAGCUCACAAACUAGCCGGCAAUCGGUCGUCUACCAAGAUACAAAUAUAUAUAAUUACGCUGUGCAUAUACAAAUAAAUAUCAGUGUAUGCAUCAUAAAGGGCCUCUGAUACAAUAUAGACAGUUGACAAUUCAAAAGAGGAAGCUAUUUAAUCAAUUUACCGCAGAAAUUACUCGACGGCCAGCAAUGGAAAUGGAUGAUCUCCUACGCCGUAAAAUGGUUGUUUGGAACUGUUCGAGGCUCCAUACCCCGGAAGUAGGCGCUACAACGGAGUCCAAUGGAAGUGUCGCCACUCUGUUAUAUCUACCACUCUGCCUUAACCAUAACCCUAUCAAAAUAAUAAUAAUAAUAAUAUAACAUUUUGCACUUUCAACUAACCCAGUAGUCAGCCUGCUGAGGGGUGGAGAGAGCAGCCAUGGACUGGUUAAGAUGACUCGGUGGUAGUCAGCCUGCUUAGGGGUGGAGAGCAGCCAUGGACUGGUUAAGAUGACUCGGUGGUAGUCAGCCUGCUUAGGGGUGGGGAGAGCAGCCAUGGACUGGUUAUAGAUGACUUUCUUAGAUGGUGUGAUGACUCUUAUCUUCAGAUAAAUGUGUCCAAAACAAAGGAUAUGUUCAUUGAUUUUAGAAGGCAGGCUCACAGUCAGGAGGCCCUCACAAUAAAAGGUCAGACCAUUGAACAGGUAACCUCAUAUAAAUAUCUUGGGACAGUAAUCGAUUCCACCCUCAAUUUUGAUUUAAAUUGUGAAGCUGUUUUUAAGAAGGGUCACCAGCGCCUACACUGUCUGAGGAAGCUUUCCUCUUUUAACAUAGACAAAACCAUGAUGUCUUUGUUUUAUUGUGCUUUUAUUGAGUCAAUUUUAACAUUUUCAUUGGCAUCAUGGUUUGGAAACAUAUCUUUAAAAAAUAAGAAUUCCCUCAACAAGAUUGUAAAAUGGUCCGGUAAGUUGAUUGGUGAGCCACAGCCGAACAUGGAAGCCCUGUACACCAAACUGUUACAGAGGUUAUUGAAAUCCGUUCAAAAUGAUAACACCCACCCUUUAAACAGUGCAUUACAGCUGCUUCCCUCCAGACAGAGGCUCAAAGUUCCCAAAAGCAGAACAAACCGCUACAGGAACAGUUUGGUUCCUGCAGCCAUUAUCUAUACGAAUAAAUUGUUGCAGCGCCACUAGUGGUGCAUAACUUUGUUGCACUUUCUGAUGUACUGAGCACCUCUGUGAUUUUUGUCUGCGUGUCUGUCUUGUCUUCUGUAUUUUUGUUGUGUCCUUUAUUUAUUCUUUUAUACUGUGUAUGCUAAGUGUGUGAACGCCCUUUUCUUGCCCUGCACACCAAAUUUACCCACGGGUAUGAAUAAAGCAACCUUGACCUUGACUCUAAUUGUAUUUAAAAAACGAUCGGAAAGAAGUCAAUGAACAUUAAAGAGUAGUCUAACCAGUUAUAAUGAUUCAUAUUUUUUUAUAGUACACAGUGUAAGUUGCAUUUUGUUACAUUUUGUUGUUAAUUAACAGUGAAUAGUACGAUAUGAAUGCAGUUCUCUCAGAUCUCCCAUGGUAGAUUCCCAUUCAGGAAACAUUAGUUAUUUUGGUUGUUUGUUUAUUUUGUUAUCAAACAAAAGUCCUAGUCUGUUUGAUUGACGGGUGAGAUGAUCAGGGGGGCAGAGUUUGUACCUCCUUCCUGAUACCAUGGAGAGAGGAUUGGAUAGAGAGGCUCAGUGAAGGCACAGCCAGUAGCAGAGUAGAUAUGAACCCUGGCUUCCACAUCAUAGAAGGAGACCAGACCCUCAUCAUAAUCAACAAACACCCCCACCUUCUGGAGCUCAGCUCUCAGAGGGAGACGGACAUCAGGGUUAUCUCUAAAUACCAACCCAUCCUUGUUGUAGAGAAGAGUCCAGUAACCCUUCUCAGGGGUCCGCAUGGUCCCACCUAUUCUGUCUAUGGACUCUCUGGCCACUCCUAAACGCCAUGCAGUCUUGUCUUUAACCUGGACCUCAAAGUAAAAUCUCCCUGAGGAGAAGCUCUGCCUCGUGAGAACACAUGUAUACCAAGUAAAUCUCCUAGGGUUGUCUGCAAGUUUCUUCACUACACCUCCAUGAUGUACUUGUUUCCCAUCCUCAGACAGGAUGAGCUUGGGAUAAGCUGUAUCAGGAUCCAGAGUCACAUCCACUUCAUACUGCUGGACCCUCUUCAGUUCAGCAUCAUCACUCAGCUUCUUCAUCUCCAUGUUCAGUGUCUCCUCCAGCUGAUCCAGGGAUCUCCUCAAGGUCCCUACGUAUGACGGAGGACGGACCUCCACCGUGGUCCAGUCCCUGGUGGGUGGAGGAUCCUUCAGGGAUCUGAAGGCCUGGAGGAAGUGGAGGUGGUUUUUAGUGUGUGAGAGUGGCUUCACCUCUGAGCUUCUAUUGGUCAGAUCUUCUAUUUCCUGCUCCAGCUCUUUGAUGAGGUCUUCAGCUUGUUUCUCUGUGGUUUUCAGUCUCUCUUUAACGGUUUGGUUGAAAUCAUUUCUGCGCUUUUCAAAGUGACGCAUCAAAGCAGUGAAGACCUGCCCACCAUCGGCUAUCACUCCGUCUGCGUCUUUCUUGCUAAAUUCAACCUUGUCUUUGAUCUCCUUAAUCUUUAGUUUUCUCUCCUGGAUCAUCUGCUGAACUUCAGCCUCUAUCUUCCCCAGCAGGGCCGACUUCACUUCAUAUUCCUCCUUUAGAGG